UGAUAUUUGUACUUCUCUCUCUUUCCAUCAUUUGUGUUUCUUUUCUUUCCUUUUUUUUAUAUAAUCUGAAAUAUUACUAAUAAAUAACAAUCUACAGUUUCAUUAAUAUACUACUGUUAUUCAAAACCUUUCUUGUUCAUUUAUCUUGCUGGAUACUGUGACUAAAUUAAUAAAUUAUCCACCAUUUUUAUCUGUAUGAGCUCAAUUGAGGUGACAAUCUAACACUUGCAUGCUUGAUGAUGUAGGCAACAUUAAUUUUUUUUCAUAAAAUUACAAUUGAAUAAUGUUAAUCUCUGUCCAAAUUAUUUAAUUUGGAGAUGAUAGACUUCUUACUGUUGUAGCCUUGGUUGACUUUCUUGUAAUCAUGUUCAUGAAGACUUCCUGUUCCUACUUCCAAAAUCACAUCACAGUGGAGCCUUGCCCUGCACUACCAUUAUGAUUCCUCCAAUGUCAAUUCUCUUCCUCUUCUCCUCCCUCUUUUUACAACUCGCUGCAAGUCAAGAGCUGUGCUUAAAUGCUGUUUGUGCUCGUAACGAGCCAGUAAUCCGAUUCCCUUUCCGGAUUAAAAACCGCCAAUUCAGGUCAUGUGGAUAUCCAGGUUUUGAUUUAUCCUGUGAUAAAAUCUCCAACCGCACAAUACUGGAGUUGCCAUAUUCAGUGAAAUUCACUGUCCAAGCAAUAGACUAUGCAUCUCAAGAAUUAUGGGUUAACGAUCCGAACAAUUGCCUUCCGGACCAAAUUCUCUCUCUCAAUUUCUCUGAUUCUCCUUUUGAUGCUCUUUAUUAUCAAAACUUUACCUUCUUUAAUUGUUCAUUGUCCGAUUAUACAAAGUAUCGGUUAAAUCCAAUUGCUUGCCUCAGUGGCUCAACGUAUACAGUUUAUGCGACGUCGUCCUUAAGCGCUAUUCGUCUUUUAUCAGGAAUAUCGUCGUGUAGAUCGUUUGCGAGCAAGGAUGUUCCAGUUGAGUGGCCAUUUUAUGGGCAGAUAUUUUCGUCGGACCUGAGUAAUGAUCUCCGUCUCAGUUGGGGUGAACCCGGGUGUGGAAAGUGCGAGUCCCGUGGUGGACGUUGUGGUCCUCAGAGUAAUUCUACUACGGAGAUUGUUUGUUCUCAUCCUAAACAACGAGGAAUUCCAAGGAGCGCAAGGUACAUAAUGACUAUAGCAGGUGGAGUACCUGUGGCAUUGUGUGUGAUGGGUCUCCUAUGUUUUGUUUGUAGCAGAGCCAGGCACCACACUUACACUGCAAGGAGGAGCCGCGGCCAUGAUCUUCCAGAAUUCACUUUCACAUUGAGUUCAGUACCAACAUUAAAUGCAGGCCUGGAUGCUCCCACUAUUGAGUCCUAUCCAAAAGUAGUGGUCGGUGAGAGCCGACGCUUGCCCAAUCCUGAUGACUACAUUUGCUCAAUAUGCUUGUGUGAAUAUAAGCCUGAAGAGACACUCAAGAUUAUUCCUGAAUGCCAACAUUGCUUCCAUGCUGAUUGCAUUUAUGAAUGGCUUCGUUUGAAAGCUUCAUGCCCGAUUUGCCGCAUUUCUCCCCAGCCUUUGCUGCCGACUCAACCUUCAUGAUUUUUGGAUUAUUUAGAUAGCUAGGCUCAGGCCUCCAGCAGAUUAGCCUCGGGCAUUACAUAUACCCAAAGCUCAAAUCUUACCCUUCUGGUCCUGGAAGCCUGUCGCAAUUUGAUCACCCUACUUCAAUUUGAAAAACAAAAAAAGAAAAAGAAAAUUUAAACCUCUUAGAAUCAAUUAAUGGAGGAGGAGUUACUUUUAAGUUGGGUAAGUAUUUAAAUUUCUUCCAUUUUUCUUUGUAAAUACAGUAAAAAAUAUGCUCACUUGCAUAAGACA